AGUAAUUUUUAGUUUUUUUUCAAUGGCUUCCAUUACAGCAGAAAAAUCUUUGAGUGGAUUAGCUGCUCCAAAGGCAGCCAGUAGGCGGUUAGAUGAUGCUUUUGGAGGUGGUGGGGCUAUCGAAAAUGAAGAUGAAUUUGGUGCUCAUGAUUAUAGAAAUGAGAUGCAACUUAAAAAAGACCAUUCUUCCAGACCUCUUUGGGUAGCCCCUGAUGGACAUAUUUUCUUGGAAUCUUUUUCCCCUGUUUAUAAACACGCCUCCGAUUUUUUGAUUGCUAUUGCUGAGCCAAUUUGCCGUCCAGAAUUUAUUCACGAAUAUCAAUUGACUGCCUACUCCCUUUAUGCUGCUGUCUCAAUUGGAUUACAAACUGGUGAUAUUAUUAAAUAUUUGGACAGAUUGUGCAAAACUUCGUUGCCUGAAGGAAUCAAAAAAUUUAUUGAAGCUUGUACUUUAAGUUAUGGAAAAGUAAAAUUAGUUUUAAAAAAGAACAAAUAUUUUGUGGAAUCUAGACAUUCUGAUGUUAUUCAACGUUUACUUAAAGAUUCGGUUAUACAAGAAUGUUUAAUAAAUACUGGAGAAGAAUUAGUUUCUCAAUCGUCUAGUAGUGGGGAUGUGACACAGAAAAUGAUUAAAAUAAACAUGUUGGAUGAACAACAAAAUCAAAUUCAAUUUCCAACUUCAAAAUUAAAUGAAGAAAAUAAAGCAAACGAAAAAGACAAAACAAAUUUAUUAUUACAAGAUAAACAACAACAAAAGGAUAUUGAAGAAGAAGAUAAUUUUUAUGGAAAAUUAACUGAAGAGGAGGAUGACGAGGAAACUGAGGCUUUGAGAAGUUUGGAAGUUUUGGCUUUUGAAAUUCGUCAAGAAUGUAUUGAAAUUGUGCAAAAACGCUGUAUUGAAUUAGAAUAUCCUUUACUUGCUGAAUAUGACUUUAGAAAUGAUACAAACAAUCCAAAUUUAAAAAUUGAUUUAAAACCGGCAACAACCUUAAGGCCUUAUCAAGAAAAAAGUCUAAGAAAAAUGUUUGGAAAUAGUAGAGCCCGUUCUGGAGUUAUUGUAUUACCUUGUGGGGCUGGCAAAACACUUGUUGGGGUUACUGCAGCAACAACUAUAAAUAAACGAUGUUUGGUUUUAGCAACAAGUAAUGUUAGUGUUGAACAGUGGAGAGCACAAUUUAGGCUUUGGUCAACAAUUCAUGAUAAUCAAAUUAUUAGAUUUACUCGAGAUGCCCGUGAUUCAGUCCCAACUGGAGCAGAUGCUCUUAAACCAACAAUUUGUAUAAGUACAUAUUCAAUGGUUGCUUAUACAGGAAAGCGUGCUUAUAUGGCUGAAGAAGCAAUGAGAUAUAUUGAAGGAAAUGAAUGGGGAUUGUUACUUUUAGAUGAGGUCCAUACAAUUCCUGCAAAAAUGUUUCGUCGAGUAUUAACAAUAGUUAGAGCCCAUUGUAAAUUAGGGUUAACAGCAACCCUUGUCAGAGAAGAUGAUAAAAUUACUGAUUUAAAUUUUUUGAUUGGACCAAAAAUAUAUGAGGCUAAUUGGAUGGAAUUACAAAAAGCUGGGCAUAUUGCUAGAGUACAGUGUGCCGAGGUUUGGUGUCCAAUGACUGCCGAAUUUUUUGAUUAUUAUUUAAAAUCUGCAAUUAAUAGAAAAUUAUUAUUAGCAGUUAUGAAUCCAAAUAAAUUUCGUUUUUGUCAAUAUUUAAUUAGAUUUCAUGAAAGAAGAAAUGAUAAAAUAAUUGUUUUCUCAGACAAUGUUUUUGCUCUUAAAAAGUUUGCUAUUCAAAUGAAUAAACCUUUCCUUUUUGGACAAACUUCACAACAAGAACGAAUGAAAAUUCUUCAAAAUUUUCAAUACAAUCCGCGUGUUAAUACAAUUUUUGUUUCUAAGGUUGCAGAUACUUCCUUCGACUUACCAGAAGCUAAUGUACUUAUCCAAAUAAGUGCCCAUGGUGGAAGUCGAAGACAAGAAGCCCAAAGACUUGGACGUAUUUUACGUGCCAAAAAGCUUAGCGCAGAUUUAUUUAAUGCCUAUUUUUAUUCUCUUGUUUCACAAGAUACCGUUGAAAUGGCUUAUUCCCGGAAAAGACAACGUUUUUUAGUUAAUCAGGGAUAUGCUUAUAAAGUUGUUAAUGAAUUUCCGGAUAUGGCAAAAGAACAUUUAGAUUUGGGGCCGAAAGAUGAACAAUUAAAACUUUUAAGUCAAGUUUUGCAAGCAUCAGAUAUUGAAACUUUAGAAGAAGAUACAAAAGAUGAAUUAAAUGAUGGAAUUCAAAAUAGAGCAAUUAGAAAAGAUGUAGAUAUUUCUACAUUUUCUGGUGCUAAUUCUAUUAGUUAUUCAACACAACAAAGAACUGGAGGGACUAGCAAAAGAAAUGCUGAUGAAAGACAUCCACUGUUUAAACGUUUUAGAAAAUAA